AUGUUGCUGAACGAGUGGAUAAUGCGGAAUGUGGGUCAGACACUGGCGGAUUUCGUUCACGGGGCGGGGCUCGACGGACUCGUGCUCGAGGUCAACGACGCAUUCUCGCUCGGAAGUGAUUACACGGACCUCCGGCCGUACGUUUGUGAAGAUUUGUGCCUCUUUGUCAUCCUAAUUUGAAAUUCUUCCAGUUACACUUUCGAAAUGGUCAAUCAAAUCGGACAGACGGUUCGGAAAUACAAGCUGCUCGCAAUCCUCUCCAUUGCGCCCGCGAUCGGACUGAAAGCGGACAUGAGAGAGUGAGAGUUGCUGUGAAAUAUUUCCAAAAUAUGUCUUCUUCAGGAAUGUGAGUAAACUUUAUGGGAGAAAAGAAGCGGACGGUCUUCUCGCCUCGUUCGAUUAUCUUCAAUUGUGGACGUACAGUUCGGGAGAAAAGAAUCGAAGAUAUCUGAACAGUGACUAUUUCUUCGAGCAAAAUGCUGAAUUCUUCAAAAACUCAUCCCAAGUUAUGUUUGGCCUCAAUUUUUACGGAUUCGAGUACAAUUUGAACGACUUCCAAACGAAAGAGGAGCCUCCGUUCAAAGUUACCACCAGGGACCGCUAUCUGAGUUUGCUGAAAGAGAAUGACUCUGUGUUCACUUUCAAUUACAACACGAUGGAACACGAACUGUAUUCCGAGUAGGUGCAUGCACUCACUCACCCGUACACAUCAGUUUCAGAAGGAACAACACCUUCAUCAGGUAUCCAUCGUUGACGUCGUUGGAAUACCGUCUACGGCUGAUUCGCGAGAAGAAAAUGCCGGUGGCCAUCUGGGAUUACGGCCAGGGACUCGACUACUUUACCAACCUUUUAUGA